CGAGUGACCGUCAGUGUACGAACAAGUGAGGCGGUGUGUGGUUGUGCGCGUUGUGCUCCUGACAAUACAUUUGCAAUCAUGAGGAAGAAGAGCCCAAAGAAGGAACAAAGCCCCAUGUCACAGAACUACAAGAUCGUAGUUGUAGGAGGCGGAGGCGUAGGGAAAUCUGCAAUCACCAUCCAGUUCAUACAGAGUUACUUCGCGACGGACUACGACCCGACCAUAGAAGAUUCCUACACAAAGCAGUGUGUCAUCGACGACCUGGUGGCCAAGCUGGACAUUUUGGAUACAGCUGGCCAGGAGGAAUUCAGUGCCAUGAGGGAGCAGUACAUGCGCUCUGGUGAAGGGUUUUUGCUCGUGUUCUCUGUCACAGACAGAAAUAGCUUUGAUGAAUUGCCUCGUUUCCACAAGCAAAUUCUCCGAGUGAAGGACCGUGAUGAGUUCCCCAUGUUAAUGGUUGGCAACAAGGCAGAUCUAGAGCACCAGAGAGUGACAAGCACGGAGGAGGCUCACACCCUUGCGCGCCAACUGAAGAUUCCAUACAUUGAAUGCUCAGCCAAAAAUCGUACUAAUGUAGACCAGUCAUUUUAUGAGUUGGUAAGAAUAGUGCGGAAGUUCCAGGCUGCAGAGCGCCCACCAGCCAAAAUGUCCGCAAAGAAGAAUAAAAAGAACUGUAUCAUUUUCUGAAGUUGUGUAUACAGAAUACUUGUUAAAUACUAAGGAUAAAUGUUAUGCCAAAUGAUACUCUGUGUUAGCAUUGGUGAUUGUAAUGGAACAGCCAAGUAAGGAUUCAACAUCAAACCCUAUGUAGAGAAUGAUAGCAUCAGUUACUUGAGGGUUUUUUACUUAUUUUUUCAUAUGGUGUCUGGCAUUUAUCUAGUAUUAUCGCAUUGUUGUACCAAUGAACUUAAACAGGGUUUAUGAUUUUAUAGCCACUAUCAUUAUUUCCCUUCUAAUGGUGUCCCAACAUACAAAGAGUGUAGCAUUACACGUGAAACUUGAAUUCCUGAAAAAAAGUAAACUUUUACAUUAGACAGUAGUACAGAAUCAAUAGAAUAUGUCCUUAGAUAUAUGUAUGAGAUCAUCUUAGCAGGAAAAGAAGUAGGAAGAGGUGGAUUGUAGCAAGAGACUUUCUGCCACUGAGGCUGGGGUAGUCAUUGCUUUAGUGUUGCUAGAACAUUUAUCUGCUGCAGUUAUUGCUGUUGAAGGGAGCCAAUAAUUUUGAAUUAGGAAAAAUUUUUUUUUUAUUGGUCUGUGACUUUUAUUUGUACAAUAGUUUUAUAAUUACUUGUUAUCUCUUCAGCAAUUUUAAUUAGGAAUUUGUAGCAGUAUGUUCAAAAAGUUUUUGAUGAAAAUUCUAAUACAUUCAUGUUGAGACAUGUUCUAAAAUACAUAUAGUUGAUUUAGUUAGGAAUAUUCUUUAUUAGAUUUAAACAAAGAAGUGUUGAUAUGUAAUUCAGGUGUAUCAUAUAUGUACUUUAUGUAAUUAUUAUUACUGUUUCAGUUGAAAUAUUCUUAAAUAAAUAAAACAAAUAUGUGAAGUGUGCUUCUAUUACACAUGCAUUUCCCUAGGGUAUGCAUUUUCUUGUUUCUGAUGGUCUCUUUUUUUAUUUUUGGGACUUUUCUCGUACACAGUGUCGGUAAAGUAAUAGUGCAUUUUUAAAUUAUCUCUAUUAGAGUUUGCAUUUCCAUCCUACUUAACCAUCAACCUUAACUUGGACAAAAAAAAAGUAUCAAGUCCUUAUGGAGGUGUGGCUUCAUGUAAGCAGGAUGCACUUAUAGUGUAAAAGAAGUGAAAUAACACAAAUGUCUGCAACAAUGUCGAUGAAAUUUAGAGAUUGUUACCCGGUAAUUAGAACUUACAGCUUUUGUGAAAUUACUAAAUAUUUAGAAGAAAAGUUAUGGAUCCAGUUUCAAAAGGAAGUCAUUUAAGCAGUAUGACAGUAGAUUAAAUAAAUAAUGUUUUUAGUGAUUAUGCAAAGUGAAGAACAAAAAUUUGGGAAAUGCAUCAUUUAUGGUUUUAUUCUGUAGUAGUAUAUAAAAGCAAAUUUUUAUUCUGGAGUAAUUAAAAAAGAAGCUUCAGUGUAUCUACUCAGGAAUAAACUACAAAGCUGAUCUUUCAAGGUAACUGGCAUUUAAGAAUCAACGGUAACAUGUAAUUAUUAUUCUUAUUAUGAUGAUUAUUUUCAAUAUUUUUUACAAUUACCUUUACUAUUACAAUUCUUAUUUUUAUGAUUGUCAAUGUUACUUUAUUAUUAUUUCUAAACAUACUUUAUAGGCCCAUAUGUAGAGUGGUAGAAGUCUUGAGUUUCUUGUAGGAAAACAUAGAUGAGGACUAGGCAGAGUUUACUAGGGAAAUAGGGAGAUAAAGUCCAAGCAUGAAAUCGAUAUAUUUUUAUUUCAUUGAAAACACAUGGUGGAAAAAAUGGUAAAGAGAAUAUUAUGCGGUGCUUGGAGUUUUGAUCAUGUCUUUUUUUAUCAUUUACGAACAUUGAUGCAUAUUCCAUGUAGAUAGAUAGAGAUUCCGUUCUCAAAGUGGAAAUUAUGGUCCAAAGGUAUUUAGUGAUUAUUUUUACAGUUCUUUGGAUAUAGAUUGUUUUCCUACCAAUUGAGAAGUGUGAAAUUCUUUACUGAUAAGAGUUUACUAAAUUUAAAAAAAAAUCAUUAUAAAUAUAAUAAAUUGAUCUUGUGGUGUUCCUUUACGUGUUUAAGAGUUUAUAAGCAAAAGAAAAUAUUUUGAUGAAAGCAAUGUUUUCCAUAUAAGGCCAAUGCAUUAUACAACUGUUUCUCUGAAAAUGAAAAAAACAAACCCAGAUUUAUGCAAAAGCUUUAUGAUAUGUGCUGGGAAUUUUUUCUUUAGGUUGAUGUGUAGAGGAUUAAUGUCACUUUGUUAAUGUGUCAGUGUAUAUUCCAAGUUGUGGAUGACAGGUUGCAGUCUGUGUAUAUGACACAUGUAAUUGGAAAAGGAUAAUGUUGAAGUAGCCUUUACAAAUUAGAUCCAAGAAUUGAUGCUACAUUGUAGGAUUAUUUUGUUAUUCGAUUUUGAGACAUGAAGGGAUCCUUAAUCUGUAAAUAGUUACAGUAGUGCAGAAAGAAGUUUCAAAAAUUAAUUUUUAAUUUGAAAAUUUUAUAAUUUACAAUUUGAAAGGUAAUCAUAAAUGCUUUCACAGUGUAUACCUGAAUUACUUUAACUUGAAUGUUUUCAGAAGGUUAUUCAUACAGAUGUACUGUGUCAGGAUUAUAUUUAAGUCAUUUUUGCCCAUCCAGACGACAGUUUCACAAAGGCUGUAUUUCACCUCAUAGCCAAUAUUUUCCAUUAUAUCAACCUCAUGUGUUCAUUUUCUUAAGGCUUUUAACUUGUAGAUGAUGAUUAACAUUAUUUCCCACCUAAGGUUGCAUUUAUAUAAAGUAAAACUUUCCUUGGUAUAUUUGGUAUAUGUAGUCAGCAAAGUCUUAGACUGAUCACCAAUACUUUAAGCAAUUGAAUUGUGAUGAGAACAGAGAGAAAAGGAAAGUUGAUACAGAUCUUUAUACAAUUUCUAAGGAAUCUGACUAUUUGUUGUGUAAUAUCUUGUUGCAAGGAGAGGAUAUUACUCAAUAAUUGCCUGACCAUUACUCUUUCUUCACUAAAAGGUGCAAUGAAUGGUACAAACCAAAGGAUCACACUCACUAUUAAAUAUAUUGAUGUCUUAUGCAACCAUUAAUGUAUGUAUCUUUGGACAAAUUAGUAAUUAAUGAAGCCAGGGAAGGUGUGGGGGGUGGGAAGGGGUGUGCAUGUAUUGUAGAAAACUCAAAAAGAUCAAUGUUGAGGGAUUAAAUAUUGCUCUCUUUAAAAGGUCUAUGCAAGUCCCUCUCGUAAUCUUUAGAAUUUGUGGUUGUCUAAUCCAAAGUCUUCUUCCUUUGAGGAAAGCUUUUGUUAUUUUCAAUAUUCUGUAUUAGCAUGGCUGGUAUUUUAAUGUGAGUACCCGCUUAUUUUUAAAAUACAUCAAAACUCUUCAUAGUAAGAUGGUACUAUGGUUACUAUUGGUUAGCUGUGGUCUUCAAAAGAUUCAAAAAUAUAAUUUAAGUUUCGCUGGUUCUCAUGCUUAAGCGUAGUUUUUGUUUAUUUUUUAUUUAUGUAUGAUAAAAAUUUUGUUGCACAAUUUUCCAAUGGGUAUGUGGGCAGCUUUAUUGCUAUGAAGACACAAUUUUUAUGUUAUGUGCUUCAGUCUGUGUACAUGAAGGCUGCUUGUUUUUUUUUUUAUCAUUAAAGAUGACUGUAUAGAUUUUUCCUAAAUAGAAAUAAUCAUGAA